CACAGAACUCAGCUGUCAGCUGCCAUGAACCUACAGCGCCUCUCCUCUCUGCUGCUCUGUGUCGUUUGCACUGCGGUUUUCACCAUAACUACAGCUGCCGCUCACACAUCUGCACUGGAUCAUGUGACCGUGAUGUCAUCAUCGGGGGAGGGGCUUCAGAGCGCAGUGGGUGAGGAUUUGGAAUCCGAUGACGAUCAGGAUCCAUCGGGGAUGUUCAUUGAUCAGACUGUGUUUAAAGCAACCCAGGCCAGUAAAGGAGACGAGCAGAAUAACAAGCGCGCUGGACGCAAAAAGAACAAAGGAAGAAAAAAGAAUAAAAAUAUCACUCCUGUUCAGCCAAAUCACACGCUGGGUCACAGGAGCCACAGCACCACCGCUGACCCCUGCCUGACCUCUCACGUGGACUACUGCAUCCACGGCCGCUGCACGUACCUGCACGGCCUGAGAGAGCCUGUCUGUGUAUGUAAGAGAGGGUAUGAUGGGGAACGCUGUGGGAUCCAGCUUCUCGGGACGUCUCGGGACGAAAGCAGCACCGAAACGACACACACCGCACUUGUCAUUAUGGCUGUCGUCCUGUCAGUCAUCAGCUGCCUAGCCAUUCUGCUCAUGGUCUGUGUGCAUUAUAGAACACAUCACCGCUUUCAGGCGGCAUUUCUGAGCUCCAAUAAUGAGAGAGAGAAACUAGAGAAGAAGAACAUCAUGGUGUGAAGAGGAAGUAGAACUCACUGAUGUCACUGGAGUGGAUGUAUUGCACAUAGAAUAAUAUAAUAAAACAUAUUGUAACAAUA